GGCAGACCAGUCGUGGCGACUCGAUGCACACGCACGUCUCGCGUGCACGACUACGUUCUCAGCCCUGGGCAGGCCGAGCGGAGCGAUUCUUCCGUCCGGCGAGGACGCGGACUCCGCAUCAGAUCGAAUUUUACUCCGGAAUCCAGCAGCCGGAAAGGCGCGCUGCCAACCGGCAGAUUUCCCGCGACGGAUAUUCAAUUUGCAGACAUUUGUCAGGGUUUGGCUCGACUCUGCCCAAAGUGAACUGGAUGGUAUAACAACGUGGCAAAACGUGAACGACGUGUUGUCAGGUGACAGUGCAAUCCGAAGAACAGUGUUGAUAGACUGUAUAUCGCCGAUUUUUGAGGUCGGUCAUCGUUGACGAGAGUCUUGCCGCGAGAGUGAUCAAUCCUGGCACGCGUGACAAGCGAACCGGCUGAACAUAGAACACUCUCAAAACGGACGUGGUCGAGGUAGACCAACCUGCUGGACCGAUCGGACUUUGGUAGAAGUGAUCGCUCGUUCAUCAGACACAAUUGUGACCUGCGUCGAGAGCGGGCUAACGUGAAAAUAAAAAAGUUUCUUUAGAGAUAUCGCGUGUAUUUCAUGGUUAAACGGCUGCGUGGCGAACGGUCCCGAACUUGCUUCUGCCUUCGUAGGCGAGGUACACGUCGACGCGCGCGUAAUCGUGCAAAAGUGAGAGGAGAACGUGCCACGAAGAGUCUUAUAUAAAAAUAAUUAAUAAUUGAACGCGCAAGGAAAAGGAGAAAAAGAAAAGCGGAAAUGGCCGACGGCUCCGCUCUUAUGCGCGGCAAUUAUGUUAAGUGGCCAAUUAGCAAUUAACCAGGGAGCCGUGCCGAGCGGCCCCUUAAUUGCGCCUGGGAAGAAGGUGGUGGCGGAGGUGGAGCGACCGAGUUGAGCGGGAGGAAGUGCAAGGUGCACCACGCAUCGCGACGCAAAUAUCUGUCUCACGCGCCAUUUGCUCCAGAUUUUUCCGAACGAUCGUCGCCUCGGUCGACUUUUUAAAUCACCCUCGGGCCGCUGGCGGUUUCAAGACCCUGGCGCCGCGGCACGCGGGCACGAGUCCCGAAGUCCCUGAGGCCGAGCUUCAUUGGGGGUUACCGGCAUUCAUGUUCUCGACGCGAUCGCCCGUCGGGGAACAGAUCUCUUGACCCGCUCGUCAGGAAAAGCAACCCCUCGAUCGCGACGGAUCCUAAGACUGAGCGUCGAAUGAUGCCGGACAACGCGCCAAUCGUACGCGCGAGAGACGAGGAGGAGUGACAUUGGGUCUACCGAGGAUACAGUGAAGUGAAGUUGAAAUAAAGUGAGACGGCACGAUCUCUCUUCCUGGGUCAGACUACGUCGUCAUUGUCGGCAAGAUUCUGUCUCCCAGGUACCGGGCGAGUCCUGGGGUGGCGACAGAGGCACCUGCAGGUGCCCGUAGCCCGAAGGAAGCACCUGCGUCUACCGUGAUGACGGUCCAUCAUCAACAGAACCACCACGUGGCCGCUCUCAGUGGCGUCGCCGUGGCCAAUAACGGUCUGAAUCUCAGCAGGAUGUCCGGCCUGGAGGCGCAUCGGCUGGAGAACAUCGUCGAUAGGAACGGCAUGGCGGUGGAGCGUCUCUCCAACGGGCUGGACUCGCGGAGCAGCAAUUUGAACAACAACAACGGCUUGGAAAGAGGCGACGCCUCGACGACGAUGCCGCAGAGGUCGAGGUUUAUGAUCACCGAUAUUCUGGGCGGUGCGUCCAGCAAGAUGCACCAAUCCGGGCUGCCUAGCCAGGAGCCACCCGGAAGUCCACCCUCGACGCCGCGGGACCUCAGUGUCAGGCAUCAGUCCAGAACGUCCUUGAGCAACAGUAAUCUAGACGAGGACAGCGACGCCAGCCACCACGACGGCGCUUCCGUUACGUCCAAUGGUGGCAAAGAGGAUGAUCCUAAAAGCUCGUCCUCGAGUUCCUUGAGCUCCGCGCAGAGUAAGAAGCAGCGUAAGGCGCGUACAGCUUUUACGGAUCAUCAGCUCCAGACCCUGGAGAAGAGCUUCGAGCGGCAGAAGUACCUCAGCGUGCAGGAUAGGAUGGAGCUGGCGGCGAAGCUGCAGCUGACGGACACGCAAGUGAAAACGUGGUACCAAAACAGAAGAACGAAAUGGAAGCGACAAACGAUCGUGGGUUUCGAGAUCAUGGCCGAAAACAAUUUCGCCGUCGCCGCCUUCCAGCAUCUGUACAGCGGCAGCACCGCGACUAUCCCCGCGCAUCCCGCCGCGGGACGUUACGCGUGGCAGUAUCCCAGCGCGCACGCGUUACCCACCAACGGAUUCUUCUAUCAGCCAUCGUCGGCGGCGGCGACUCUGCAGAAGCCGCUUCCCUACCGCCUGUACCCGCCCAUGAUCCUGGCGGGGCCGAGCAACCCCCUCGGCUCCUUGACUGCGAGCUCCAGUCUGUCGACCCUCAGCAACUACUACAGGGACAGCCCGGAGAUGACCGAUGGCCGGGAGUCCUCGAGGAAGAGGGACAGCAGCAAGAGCCCGGAGUCGAGGGACAGGUCGCCAACCAGAAAACCAGCGAGACUGUAUCCGCUGCAGAUGAUGCAGGCGGGUCCUAGUAAUCCCCUCGGCACCCUGACAACCUCCAAUCUCUCCAACAUGAAUAACUACUACAGAGGCAGCCCGGAGUUGAUGGAGGGAAGGGAGAAUAUGGACAGGUCGAGGAAGCAGGAGAGGGGCAGCAAGAGCCCGGACUCCAGGGACAGAUCGCCCCUGAGGAAGGACGUCCGGUCUUAUCCCUCGAUGAUCCAAGCGGGCCCCAGCAACUCUCUCGGACCCCUCGCGACUGGCUCCAACUUGCCGAGCCUGAACAAUUAUUACAGGGACAGUCCGGAGAUAGUGGACGGGCGGGAAAGUAUGAAUCGAACCCGGCAGCGUUCCGACAGAAGUCAGAGCCGGGACAGGUCGCCGGUGCAGAGGGAGGACAGUCCUCGGAGUGUGAGGGCUGACAGCGACGAGGAGAGCAUACAUGAUAUCUAGGACAUGGAGACUCCUGGCGACGGCACAUCGGCAGUUUUGUACGAGAAGGAAGCCAAGCGUGUCCUGCGGGAUAAUUAGGAAGCGGUGUACCAUGCGAAAUGGAGUGAUUUCCUUACGGCGUGUCGAGAAUACGGAGUAAAUGAAUAGAGGGGCUGCUGACGUCAGAAAUCGCAGAAAACUGCCGAAGGGAACGUGUUCCCUCUUCCGAAACGCUCUGAAAAUGUGUGAAUCGGGCAGCUAAAUACACGGGCAAACUGGAAAGUACCGACGCGAUGGCUCAUUACGAGAAGCUGACACGGAUAAUUAAAAUCAAAUUCACUUAGCUAGCAUUAAUCAGUCAAUUCCGAUAACGAAGUCGCUCAAAUUUCAGCAGCUAUUGCGUUAACAGUUGAUAAAUAAACAAAUCGAUUCCCGCGUGGAGAAAUUGUUGGGUGAUCGAUCGAUAACGUUUACGUGAUCGUCGAAGAAGCAGACUGUAUAUACAUCUUGGAGGACUUGCAGCGAUCUGUGCAGCUACCGCGAAAUACAAAGGAGCGAACGCAGCCGGCCGACGAGACUGCUCGAAGAGCUCUGCACAUCGAGGUGUAACGUGAGCCUCGAGGGGGAGAGACGCGGAGAUUAUUUCGCGCUGCCACCUUAAAAUCUGCCGAAGGCGCGGCGAGGAGAAGCGGGAUUCGCGAGGACUAGAGCGAAGCCGGCGAAAUGAGAUGCGAGCGAAACGGCACGGCGGCCGAUUUCGUGAGGUAGAACAGGAAGUGACAUAGCACGGGACGUCCGGGAUUUUGUAGAUAAUGAGAGCGAACAGGAAAUAUCGUGCGGUUAACCGAACUUGGUGAUUUGAGCGUUCAGUGAAUGGCGGGUUACGGUGAAACAAUAUAUUCAACGUUGAUACGAUCGGCGUGCGGAGAGCGGACGAAAGUAAAAAUCCCGCGCCCCGCCGAAACGUUAUCCCUCGGACGCAAAUGGAGACUCAUUAUUACUCGUUCAUUGUCCAUUCGUUAUUUCAUUUUCCGCUCCUUCGGUCCGCCGUUUGGGGGGCACUUGUUUCCCAGCACUUUUAUCAUUUGCGAAACCGAAUUAUUCGCCUUCGCGAGUUUUAUUUCCGUCACAAUUGUCGGUAAUUACACCGCGAUAAUUAUUUAAUUCGGACGUAUUGAUUAAUUUUGCCCCGAAGUCUCUUUAAUAUUUAAAUUAUCUCUUCAUCGCGACGUAGCUACGUGCGCGUUUUUUCAAACGCCCGUCGAUGCGGUUUCCUCGUUAGAGCACGGGGUUUACGGGGCGAAUACCGGUCGCACCAUCAACAAGUAACUAUUUCGCUGUGCCAAAGGUUCAUAUUUAAUUCUUUUAACGAAAGUUUUUCAUAAAAUUCUGUCGAUUCUCGCGCCGAUAAUUAAACGGCUCGCUCUCGUCCACGAGGAAACCGAUCGGCGUUCA